CUUUUGUUGCUGUUUCGGUUUUGCAGAGGAGAGAGAGAGAGAGUUCAGGUUCGUUUUUUAUAUGGGAUUCCAUGGCUUUGAACCGGUUUGAUGGUGGCGAUUCCUCCAAAUCUGGUGGCUCUGCUAAAUCUGGAGGAGAUUCCUGUAAGGUCAUGGCUACUCGGAUCUAUGACCCAAAUCAGAGGAUGGAAGUUUUGGCUUCUGAAAUGGGGAACCCUCGCGAGAUAAAUGUCACACAAGCCAAUUCUGGGGAUCCAUCUAAACCGAUGGUUACUUCUAGUUCUGCGGAAUGGACAAAUGAGAAACACAGUUCAUAUCUUAACUCAAUAGAGGCAUUGUUCGUUAAACAAUUAUAUGAGGAAGAGUAUUGUCCCUUGGAUUUGGGUGGUCGACAGUCAAGGAGACAAAAACUGCCGAACAGAAACCCUGAUCAGCCAAAGGCCAAACUCCAGCUUCCAAUUACACCAAUUGUGGCAAAGGAUGGGUGGCAUAAAGAUAAACUGAGAGAAAAUCAGGAUCAAGGCAAGUCACGAUAUAGAUCUCAGUCUUUGGUUUCUAAUCAUUGGUUCUUUCCUUUUGCAUCGAUGCCCUCUUCCAAGGCUUUGGAAGAAACUUCUUCCAAGGUGAGGGAAAAUGGUGCUUCCAUUCUUGAACGAAACCAAUCAGUAGGACCUGAUUGUGGAAGAGAAGCCCAUGAAUUACUUGCCAACUCAGAAAAAAUUUCAGCUGGGCAUCGUGGCAUGUAUCGACAGAAACGUGUGGGCUGCAAUAAAGAGGGUUCAGAUCAAAACUUCGUGGAUGAUGGAAAGAGAAAAGAGGAACACUCAUUUGGAAUGGGACAGCAGAAAAAGAGGAGUAUUCAUGAAGCUGUUGCUUCCGCAAUGGAUCAGGUGGUUCCUGUGGGUGGAGCUCCAUUGUCAGUUGAAACUAAUGAGAACCAUGCUUCUCUAUUGAGACCAGACGAUAUGGACAUUCCUCGGAAAUCGGAUGCUUCGAAAGGCUUUCCUUUCUCGGUGUUUCCUUUUUGAGAAAGAUCAGUAAUGAAGUGUGACAAGGGAGACCAUACAUUUGAGAUGGAACUUGAAGAUGGAAAAUGGAAUCAUCUUCAGACACUUCGAUGAAUGACUGCAGUUCUUGUUUUUCCUUUUCUGGCAACAGUAACAUAACAAUAGGCCAUGUACGUAGAUGUUGGGAAGUCAGGUAGUAGGCUGUAAGUGCAAUGGGGAGUCCAGUUUGAUUUUCUUUCUUUUUGUGUGUGUGUGUGUGUGGGUGGGUGGAUGGGUGUGGGUGUGGGUGUGGGUGUGGGUGUGGGUGUGGGUGAGAGAGAAGGGGGGGAGGGGGAUCCGUGAACAAUCUUGCCAAAGUGAAGUAAAUUCUAGUUGAAUUUUUAAUUUGUUCAUUCAUUUAGGAAUUUGUCUUGGGAAACUGUUAUAAGAAGAGAGGGUUCAUUGCGCAAUUGCCUUGAGAGCUUUUAGUUAGGGGACAGCUCUUACUAACACGAUCCCAUACUGGUAAAUCAUGUUGUAUUUGUACUGGCAAUAUGUUUAUACGGAUCGCUGUAGCUGGCUUAUUUGAUCUAAAUGACUUUACUCCU